AUGCGGCUAUCACAGAAAGCUCUUCUCGUGGACCCAGCUAUCGUACCUCAUAAUAGUGAAGAGCAUAAUGCAGAAUUCUCUGCAGAUGAAGUCCAGGAGAUUGUUGACAAGAAUAAUGUCGAUACGAAUAAUGUUGAUAAGAAUAAUGUUGUUACGAAUAAUGUCGAUACGAAUAAUGUCGAUACGAAUAGUGUUGAUAAGAAUAGUGUUGAUAAGAAUAAUGUAAAUAAGAAUAAUAUUGACAAGAAUAAUGUUGACAAGAAUAAUGUUGUUACGAAUAAUGUCGAUACGAAUAAUGUUGAUACGAAUAAUGUCGAUACGAAUAAUGUCGACAAGAAUAAUGUCGAUACGAAUAAUGUUGAUAAGAAUAAUGGUCAAUAUACCUAA